AUGUACAUAUACAUUCAACAUAUUCAGAUUGGAGUUUGUAUAACAGAUAGUAAAUUGAAUACUCGGCCGAUGCAGGAAUUGAAGCGAUACUUGCAAAGAAAGGGGUAUGUCUUGUUUUGGCUAACAGAUUCUUAUCGGAAAACCCGAAAAGUAGAAGAUUGGCCUAUCUUUGAUGUUUUAUUGUCCUUCUUUUCCGUUGGGAUUGAUUUCUUUCAGAUUAAGGCUUAUGUUGAUUUAAGACGGCCGUUUGAAGUGAAUACAAUUGAUAAGCAGUUUUUACUUAUGGAUCGUCGGGUGGUACUAAGUGUACUGGAUAGGAUUGGAGUGCCCACUGCCGAGCGUUUACUAUUCAAUAAUAUAGGUAGUAGUGGUGAUAUGUAUGGUGGUAGUGGUAGUGUUAAGAUAGGUAGUAGUGGUGGUGGUGGCAAUAAGAUAGGUAGUAGUGGUAAUAUAGGUAGUAGUGAUAUUGGUAGUGGUAAUAUAAGUAGUAGUAAUAAGAUAAGUAGUAGUAGUGGUGAUAUAAGUAGUAGUGGUAAUGAUAAUAUAAGUAGUAGUAGUAAUAAGAUAAGUAGUAGUAGUGGUGAUAUAAGUAGUAGUGGUAAUGAUAAUAUAAGUAGUAGUGGUAAUAAGAUAAGUAGUGGUAGUAAUAUAAGUAGUACUAGUAAUAUAAGUACUGGUAAUAAGAUAUGUGAUAAUAAGGUAGUGGGUGCUAAGAGAGAGUCUGAAUAUGCAUUGCCGGGUGUGCCAAUGGUGGAUGAUCUUUUGUUCUCUUUGGUGGUGACGGAGAUGAAGAAACUGCGUGUGUCUUUGGAUAUAUUUAAAGCGAAUAGAGAUAGAAAGAUGGCUGGGGAUUGUUUAGUUAUUGAUGGAGUUAGUAUUGAGAAACCGUAUGUGGAGAAACCUAUUUAUAGUGAGAACCAUCGGAUUAGUAUCUAUUAUGGGAGUAAUGAUGGGGAGAGACGAAAUGGAGUUUGUCAGUUGUUCCGGAAGGUAGGUCUGCGUAGUAGUGAAUUUAUACCUCCACCGGCUAAUGGUGAAGUCUCUGGAUUUAGAAAUGAUGGUCAGUCUUACAUCUAUGAGAAGUACUUGCGUAUGCAAGACUUUCUGGAUAUUAAGGCUUAUACGGUUGGUAAACGAGUUUAUGCGGAGACAAGGAAGUCGCCGGUUAAAGAUGGAAUUGUAGUGCGUAACCGCUUGGGUAAAGAAGAGCGGACGUUUAUUAAGCUGACCCCGGAAGAGAUUAGAGCGGUUCAGCGGACUAGCCAGGCUUUUGGACAGUUUAUUUGUGGAAUGGACUUAUUGCGGACAGUAGAUGGCCAGUUCUUUGUAGUGGAUGUUAAUGGAUGGUCUUUUGUUAAGACUAACCCGCGCUACUAUAAACAAAGUACGCUUAAAGAGUUAGAUAAGCUUAUUAAGAAGAAAGUCUUGAAGCCCCGGGCUAAACAGGGAGAUAUUUCGCGCAAAUCGGAUCAAAAGAUCUUAUCUUCCUUUUUGUCCAAUUUCAAAUCGGAACAAAUCGAUAUACAAGGUGUUCAUACUAUCUAUCGGCAUGGGAGUCGGACCCCUAAAAUGAAGAAACGACUGCUCUUUGUCUCGGAGUCGCUUAGUCAGUACAUUCAGGGGACUUCCCAUCAGGCCGGUCGAGAUGUCACCCGUAUCCAGGAGGUAGAACGUAUUCUUUCCCAGCCAGACUCCCUGGAAGAGAACAUCGCGCCUUUACAAGCUCUGCGUGCUAUCACUCAAACAAAUAAUGAUGUGCGUGUUAAGUUCUACCCCCUACCCAACCACCACGUUAAGGUCAUUCUUAAAUGGGGCGGAUCACUAACUGCCCAGUCCCGAAAGGAAAUUGAGUACGAGGCCAUUGAGUUUGAUGCUUUCCUGACUGCCAUGCUAGGCGAUACGAAUGUUCUCACGUGCCCCCAAGCCUGUCCCCAAAAAGAACGCUCAACUACUCGAACCGCACGCCAAGUUAAAAUCUGGGCUAACACUGAAGCCCGUACACUUCAAACCGCCGAAGGUUUCCACACAGUUCUGCAAUGGACCGGUCGAACGGCGGCCACAACCAGCAUAGCUGAAAAGUGCUUCUCUAGUGCUAGUCUUGAUAAUGAAGAGGCCCCCGUCCCAGCUGCCAUUGCUUUGGCCUAUGAAGCCCUUAAAGAAGUCUUUGUGCACUGUGCCGACGGUUAUUUAGAUAUGCAAGCUAGUCCCGUACCUGAUGAUUCUACGGCUUACUACGAAAGACUUACAAUCCUGAAAUCAGUGCAUGAGAACUGCAUGUGUCCCGCCACCAGCAGUAAAGAGUGUAUGUGCAAGGAGUUCUGUUUUCUAAGCAGAUGGUGCUUUAUGUUCAAUGAGCACUGGACUUUGACCGAAAAGAACAUCAAACGAGUUACCUCUUUAGUCUCUGAUUUUGUUAGUUAUGAUAUUCUUCAGAAUGUUAAUUCAACUUUAAUCACUACUUUUCUUAACCAAAUCAAACCCCAUUAUACUAUUCUAGAUCGGUACACUAAAGACCUCUACCUCUCCAAACUCAAUAUUGCCCUCCAGGACCCGGCCUCUCUGGAAAUUGUCUCUUUCCUCUACGCCCAACUAAACGGCCCAACCGAUACUAUCUUUGUUAUCAAACGAUUUAGUAUUCUUCUCCUACUCAACCAUCUACUAGCCGUAAUCAAUACCCAUCCUGAACUUUGCCAAGUGAAUGACCAACUUAAAUCCGAUUUAGAAAACCAUAUUCAUGAUAUUGGCUUUCUCUUCUCCCUCUCUUUUGUACAUCUUUCCUACCAGCAAACAGACUAUCUUCUUGUCUGGUGCAGCCCAGGUAUUAGUCCGUCCUUUGACCCAAUUAUAACCCCAAAACCUAACCAACCACGCCGGGCCCAGCGCUGGCGCCCUCUAGCCCUCAUUCCAGCAGCAACUCUCUUUGCCCGACUAUAA